AUGCUGCUUCUACCAUUUCAAUUGCUAGCUGUUCUCCUCCCAGGCGCUGACAAUGAGGAUGAUUUCCAGGGACCAACUUCUCUCCAUGUCAUCUGGAUUUCAUCAUUUGCCAACAGAACCUGGGCACAAAGCCAGCUUUCAGGCUGGUUGGAUGAUUUGCAGAUUCACAGCUGGGACAGUGACUCAGGCACUAUCAUAUUCCUGAAGCCCUGGUCCAAGGGAAACUUUAGUGAAGAGAAGGUUGCUGAGCUGGAGGAACUAAUCCAAAUCCAGUUACGUAGAUUUAUACGAGAUGUACAGGCACAUGCCAGUGAAUUCCAGCUGGAAUAUCCCAUUGAGAUCCAGGGCAUAGCAGGCUGUGAGCUACAUUCUGGGGGAUCCAUAGUAAACUUCUUCAGUCUCGCUAUAGAAGGACUAGAAUUCAUGAAACUUGUCAAUGAUACCUGUAUACCUUCACCAGAAUGGGGCAGAAGGGCCCAGCAGAUCUGCACACGAGUCAUGGAAUAUCAUGCUUUCGAUGUUACUUGGAAGAAGCUCCUGUUAGAAACCUGCCCCCUAUUUCUCUUGAGCGUCCUGGAUGCAGGGAAGGCAGAGCUGCAAAGGCAAGGGAAGCCCGAGGCCUGGCUGUCCAGUGGCCCCAGUCCCGGGCCUGGCCGUCUGCUACUGGUCUGCCAUGUCUCAGGAUUCUACCCAAAGCCCGUGUGGGUGAUGUGGAUGCAGGGUGAGCAGGAGCAGCCGGGCACUCAGCACAGUGACCUCCUGCCCAAUGCAGACUGGACAUGGUAUCUCCGAGCCACCCUGGAUGUGGAGUCUCGGGAAGCAGCAGGCCUAUCCUGCCGGGUGAAGCACAGCAGUCUAGAGGGCCAGGACAUCGUCCUCUACUGGGGACAACCCACCUCCAUUGCCUUAAUUUGUUUGGCAGUAUUAGUGCCCUCCUUCAUCCUUUUGCUGUGCUUUGCAUUGUGUUAUAUAAAGCGCCGGUGA